GGACUAGAUAUUUCAUCUCUCUCUCUCUCUCGCUCUCUCUCUAUAACAGGUGAAGAAGACGUGUGCGAUUAUGGCUGGGCAGUCGACGGCGACGACGAAGCCGAGUCGGAGCGACGAAGUACCCGACCCAGAUCAGCAAAUGGAAAUCUCGAACCGGGUCAGAUCUCAAUUCGAAUCCUUGGCCCCUAAACGACCCGCAAAGCCUAACCGGAGCGAAACCGAUCCGACCGCGUCUUUCUGUGCUUCCGACAACAGCAUCGACAUCCCCGAGCUCGACAGGCUCCGAUCUCUCCGUUCGCAGCCUCAUGGUAAAUUUAUGGGCGAGGGGGAUUGUUCAGAAGUGAAAGAUGAGUUCGUGGAGACGGAGUAUUACAAGAAUUUAGCCGCCAUUGAUAAGCAGCAUCAUACGACGGGAAGUGGGUUUAUAAAAGUGGACAAGGAAGGAGGAGGAGAAAUCAAAACUAGCGGCGGAGCUGAGAUCGCCGGAGACGGAGACGCCUUCUCCGGCCGUCACGCGGCGGUUCUGAAAGGCAAUCCGGCGACAAACGACUGGAUUCCGGCCAUGGAGGAGGAUCCUCAGGUGUUCAUGUCUUCCAAGCCGUCCCGGAGCGAGAGUUCGUGAGAAAUCUGUGUGCCCUUUUUAUUCGGUUCUUAUUUCUAUUUGUUUUAUUGGAACGUGAUAAUUAAAUAAAUUAUGAACAGUAUUUGGAUAAGACCGACUUUAUAUUAUAAAAUAA